AUGCCAUCCCCAGCAGAUGCAAAUAUUUGCGACCAUGAUAUCGAAGAUAUAGAAGACAUUUCUACAUCACAGUUGGACCACCGUCCUCCCAAACACAAUGUUGUACCUAGGGCCAGGAAAGCGAAAACAGUUGCAUCUAAAACAGAAGAUCAUCAGGAUCAUAAUAAUUCACACCUCUCGAAGGGGGCAGAUACUUCAGAUCUAAUACUAAGAGACAGCUAUGUACCAGGCACUCAGAGUAUCUAUGUGCGAACUUGGGGGUGCUCCCACAACAAUUCUGACAGUGAAUAUAUGGCUGGACAGCUUGCAGCCUAUGGAUACAAGAUAGUUGACGACAAAGACAGGGCUGACUUGUGGUUGUUAAAUAGCUGUACUGUGAAAAACCCUGCGGAGGAUCACUUCAGAAAUUCUAUCAAAGAAGCCAAAUCCAAGGAUAAGCUAGUGGUCCUUGCUGGCUGUGUGCCUCAAGGGCAGCAGAAGGCAGAGUAUAUACAGGGUCUGAGUGUCGUAGGUGUACAACAGAUUGACAGAGUAGUCGAAGUUGUUGAGGAAACUUUGAAAGGUAAUUCUGUGAGGUUGUUUGGACAAAAGAAGACGUUUGGGAAGAAGACAGGGGGAGCAUCACUCAGUUUGCCCAAGAUCAGAAAAAACCCUCUAAUUGAAAUCAUUGCAAUAAACACAGGAUGCCUGAAUCAGUGCACCUACUGCAAAACUAAACAUGCCCGGGGGGAGCUGGGAAGUUACCCACCAGAAGAGAUUGUGGAGCGAGCCAGGCAGUCCUUUUCAGAAGGUGUUGUGGAGUUAUGGCUGACAUCGGAAGAUCUGGGUGCCUAUGGGCAUGAUAUUGGAGUCACCUUGCCGCAGCUGCUGUGGAAGCUGGUGGAAGUGAUACCUGAAGGUGCCAUGAUGAGGCUAGGCAUGACCAACCCUCCCUACAUCUUGGAACAUUUGGAGGAAAUGGCCAAGAUUCUGUCUCAUCCGAAAGUAUACUCCUUUCUGCAUGUUCCUGUCCAGUCAGCAUCAGACAGCGUGCUCAUGGAUAUGAAACGAGAAUACUGCAUUGCUGAUUUUAAACAUGUGGUAGACUUCUUGAGAGACAGGGUACCUAAUGUGAAUAUAGCAACAGAUCUGAUAUGUGGCUUUCCUACAGAAACUGAUCAGGAUUUUGAAGAAACGAUGGAUCUUGUCCGACAGUACAGGUUUGCUAGCCUCUUCAUCAAUCAGUUUUUUCCUCGCCCAGGAACACCGGCCUUUAAAAUGCAAAGGAUUCCCGCUCAAGAG